UAUACCCAUUUGUUAUCUAUUAUUGAUAAGAGGAGCGAAUAGGAAGAAUCACCAAUUUACGUUGGGGUACGUUGGAACGGAAUUGGAUACAAAUAUGGCAUUUAACUUUUCUGCCUUAGAUCCUGCAACGUGUGAUGUUAUAUGGCGCAAAUCCAUCAUGGAUAGAAACCCUGGAAAAUGAAUUCUUGGAAGAAUAUUUUACGAAGCUAGCAAAUUUUGUUAAGGGUGAAAGAAACCUUUACCCUAACGAAAUAUAUCCCCCAGAGUUUGAUGUGUUCAGCUGGACUAGAUACUGCAGCAUUGACGAAGUUAAAGUAGUCAUUAUGGGACAAGAUCCGUAUGAUGGACCUAAUCAAGCAAAUGGUUUGUGUUUUAGUGUGCCAAAAGAACAGAAAAUUAUUCCACGAAGUUUACAAAAUAUAUAUAAGGUCCUAUCUGAAGACAUACGGUCAGGAUUUUCCGAUCCCAAACAUGGUGAUCUUAGUGGCUUGGCAAGCCAGGAAGGAUCAUGUUUUAACAAGUAGCCAUCCCUCUCCACUUUCUGUUAACAAAGGAUUCUCCACCUGUAGGCACUUCUCCAAGUGUAAUGAGAUAUUCCAAAAAGAUGGGAAAACUACCAUUGAUUGGAACCUACUUCCAUAACAAAGAUUAAUUCAGAAAGCGGGGAUUUCCUUGAUAAGACAAUGUUUUUCAUUGUAACAUUGGAGCAAUCCUUUCAAUAAGGUAUUCAAUGUAAAACAAUCAUAUCUUUUUUAACUAAUAAAUGAAUAAAUAAAUCUGAUAUUUGUCAUCUUGGGAUUUCCAACAGAUUGAUAGAAAACCCAAUAUUCUCAAACUUUAUAUAGAUUUGCAAUUAGACAGUUAUUUCAAUGUUCUUUUAAUAUCAUCUCUUUUGUAC